AUGGAGAGUACGCUAACGCAGAUAAAAGAAGACGUGAUCAUUGCCAGUGAUCCGUCCAGUAUGAAGAGAAAGCAGAAGACCUGUAAGAACCUCCCCCCGAGUGGAAUAAGCCGGAGGGGAAUAAGCAGCAGAGUUAGCAAAGUAGGAGAGAAUUCCGAGUGGAUCUUGGACAAAGAUAAACAAAAAAAUGGGGGCAUCCCCCCAACAGAGAAUGACACUCCUCCUAGUAGUAGUGUCCACUGUGAAAAGAAAGUCAGUUUCCACAAAGGGACCUCUUUCAAAGAGCAUAGGUGGUAUUCCUACGGAAGUGUCUCAACGAACACAUCAUUCCACCAGUGCAGUGUUGAGGAAAACAACUGGCGUCAAAACAGCAAUGAAGGUUAUCUCUCCAUGGGCAGUGCCAUGGAGGUGGAGGGAGAAAGGAUCGACCUGCUUUACAGUCAAAGUAACAUUCUGAAGGAGGACAGUAAAAUGUUCUUAUUAGAGCAUGAAAUUUUUUUUGGAAAUGAUAAGUUAGUUGACGUGAAAGGUGAGAAUCGGUUUGAUGAGACGACUAAGCUGGAUGGAAGACAGGGGGAAAGGAGCGGCCUUGUGUCUGCUAACGAGGUACUAAAGAAGGGGAGGUGCACAUCUGGAGAUGUUAGCACUAAUUCGAAGAGCACCCAUGAGGAGAAAAUCAUUGCUCAUACAAGGAAAAGCCCAUUGGGGACGUCUCCCAAAUGUCAAGUUGUUAAUCCUGUGAAGUGGAACGUGUCUGAUAGGGCAAAGGAUCCAGAAAUGAAAAGGGAAUCCACCCAGGCGAUUUCAGAGGAAUCCCCUGUUAGUGGCAAGAAAAGGACUUCCAAUUCGAUUGAGAAGGAGGUAGCAGAUCCCAAAAUAAGAAACGCCUCGUCGUGGGAUGAACGAAAGAGGGAAGAAUAUGUUUCCAUUUCGAAUUACAGGUUGGAUGAUUAUACGUCUGGAGAUAAAAAGGACUCGAUAAACUACACCUUUUGUUAUGAAAACAGCGUACAGAGUAGUCUGUCCAAAAUUGCCCAUAGCUCUAGCUUCGUGGACUAUGUCACUUCUCAACAUAAUAGCCUCACUACUGAGUAUGGGCAGCAGUGUCCGGGGAAGAGGCCUUACAAAAGCGAAGGCACCAGGCGUAGUCUCCCUUGCGAUAAUCCCUCGUACUUAAGUAGCGAAGUGCAAGACAGUCUCUACAAUUGCGUAGUGAAGAACAUGGAGAGGGAAAUUAUGACCUUGGACGGAUUCCAGCAGGGGGGGGUUGCAGCGGAAGGUGGAAAGUUAGUGGAAAAUGUGGAAGGCGUGGACCACAUGGAACCUGCGGAAGGUGUUACCGUAGUGGAGGGAGUGGACCACGUGGAACCUGCGGAAGGUUUCACCGUAGUGGAAGAUGCAAAAGUGGAUGAUGUACAGCCUGACGAGGGGAUAGUCCCCCCAGUGGAACCCCCCCCCGCGAAAUGCAUCGCAUCAGAAGAAGACGCGGUGAAAAUAUUUUUUAAGGGGGACAGAAGGUUCUUCAACUUCGAUCUCCCCGCUAACGAAAUAAUCGAACGGAAGAGCUUCGAAAUAAUUGAAAUGAUCAGCGAGGGAAGUUUCGGUACCGUCUACAAAGCCCUGUGGCAGAACAAAAUCGUUGCCGUGAAGAAGUCUCAUAUCAACAUGUCCCUGGAGGGCAUGCGCUCCAUCGUGCGCGAAGUGAACACAUACCGUUCCGUUUCACACGAGAACAUUGUGGAGUAUUACGGAGUCUGCAUAGACGAAGCCUUCAUAGGGAUCGUCCUAGAGUAUUUCCCCAGAGGGACGGUCUUCGACAUGUUGUACAAUAGCACGCUGAUUGUGCCUUAUGAGGUUCGCCUGCAAAUGGCUGUCCAGCUCGUGGAAGUGGUUAAUUAUCUUCACUCGGUUAAGCGGUUCGUCCACCGGGAUUUGAAAACGAGUAACUUUCUUUUCGAUGAGCAGUACAACCUAAAAAUAUGCGAUUUCGGAAAAACCAGGAAGUUAAACGCAGACGGGAAAAUUAUCCUAGAGGACAACGGAGGCUCCCCCAGAUACAUGGCCCCGGAGUGUUUCAUGGAAGAGAAUUCCAUAAAUGAGAAGUCAGACAUCUGGGGCCUGGCGUGUUGCCUGAUUGAGAUUUUCGCCAACCAAAUUCCGUUUCAGCACAUAAAGCAUAAGGAAGACGUUGUCGUAGAAAUUUUGGUCAACAAGCAGAAGCCAAACGUGCCUAACUGCCUCCACCCCAAAUUGCACAAACUGUUGGAGAGGAGUUUCUGCAUAGACCCAGAGGAGAGACCUUCAUGCGAGGAGUACCUAGAAUUGCUCCUCGAGUUUUAUUCAAAAAACUGA